AUGUCCGACAAGCAAGUCCGCAGUGCCGUCAUCAACCGUGACACCAACGAGACCAAGAUCCAAUUGGCUCUUAACCUCGACGGUGGUUCAUUGGAGCAGAUCACAUCCGAGGAGAAUGGCGCAGACAAGUCACACGCUGCCCAAGCUUCGAAAUCACAAACCAUCGACAUUGACACUGGCAUUGGCUUCCUGGACCACAUGAUUCACGCUCUCGCAAAGCACUCUGGCUGGAGUUUGAAGCUCAGAUGUCGCGGUGACCUCCACAUCGACGACCACCACACUGCCGAGGAUGUCUUCAUCGCCAUGGGUCAGGCCUUCAAGUCUGCCAUCAAGUCGACCGCCGGUCUCGCCCGUUUCGGCUACGCAUACGCCCCCCUCGACGAAGCCCUCGCUCGUGCAGUCGUCGAUCUCUCCAACCGUCCCUUCUGCGUCACCGAUCUGAAGCUCCGCCGUGAAAAGAUUGGUGACUUGAGCACCGAGAUGCUGCCUCACUGUCUGCAAAGUUUCUCCCAGGGUUCUGGCGUCACGAUGCACGUCGAUGUUAUCAGAGGUGACAACGAUCACCACAAGGCCGAGAGUGCUUUCAAGGCUCUUGCUGUUGCCAUCAGGAUGGCUAGCACACCUGUCGUCGGCCGUGAAGGCGAGAUUCCCAGCACAAAGGGCGUCCUCUUCUAG